AUACACCAUUUUAUGCCUGUUGGAUCUUUUCCGGUACGGUGUGGAAAUGACUGGCUUCAGUGAAAAGCCAAUAUUGAUAGAUGGCCGCGGCCAUCUACUCGGCCGUUUAGCGGCUAUUAUUGCAAAAACUAUUUUGCAAGGUAACAAAGUUAUCGUUGUUCGUAGCGAGCAACUUAAUAUUUCUGGUAAUUUCUUCAGGAAUAAGUUGAAGUUUAUGUCAUUUUUGCGUAAAAGAUGUAACGUCAAUCCUGCACGUGGCCCAUUUCAUUUCCGUGCACCUAGUAAAAUUUUAUGGAAAACAGUAAGAGGUAUGAUUCCACAUAAGACGCAAAGGGGUAAGGAUGCUCUUAGAAGGUUGAAAGUUUAUGAAGGGUGCCCACCUCCAUAUGAUCGCAGGAAACGUGUUGUUGUACCAGGUGCUAUGAGAGUGAUGUGUCUGAAACCUGGUAGAAAGUAUUGUCAUGUAGGAAGAUUGUCCCAUGAAGUCGGUUGGAAAUAUAAAGCUGUGGUACGUACUUUGGAAAACAAGCGACGUGUCAGAUCCAUUCUAGAGGUUCAAAAGAGGAACAAGCUCAAAGUAAAAACUCACAAAACAGGCUGGAGCAUCUGUUGCUAGAGCUGCAGCUCCAUAUACAGAAAUCAUUAACAAUUUUGGCUAUAACUGAUAUACAAUUAAAAUAAAAUAAAAGUUAUAAAUAUAAAA